AUGGCGAAGCGAGCAGCUGAAGAAGAAGAAGAACAGCUUGCUCUAAAGGCAGGCCAACGCCCGUCCACUACCGUAAAUGGGAACGAGACCCUGGAAUUUGAGGAUGAAUUUGAAGACGAGUUUGAAAGUGAGGAUGAGAUCAUGGAGGCCGGCGUCGACGGUAGGCCGGAUGCUGAAAGAGAGAGAGGAGAAGCAAAGGAUGCCAUGGAUAUUGAUUCCUCGGAGCAAACCUUCAUACCUGGCCGAUCAGCUCUUCAACCGGGUCAGUCUCUGACUCCUGACACCACUACAUAUGAGAUGCUCCACGCACUUUCAACUCCUUGGCCAUGCCUCUCAUUCGAUAUCAUUCGCGACAACCUUGGCAACAAUCGCAAGCACUAUCCUCGAACUGUUUUUGCAGUGGGUGGGACUCAAGCAGAAAGCGGGCGAUCACGGGAGAACGAGUUGAUGAUAUUAAAGCUGAGUAGCCUCUCAAGAAUGGACAGAGGGAACGAGACAGAUUCUGAGUCGGACUCUGAGUCCGAAAAUGACGAACCGACCUCAGCAGAACCAAUUCUCGAAUCAAAAUCAAUACCCUUGCCUAGUACGACAAAUCGAACCCGCGCUUUUCAACCACCUUCCCAGACGCUGUCCGAUCCCUCCCAGUUUCCGGCAACAAUAACAGCGACCUCACUGGAGAAUGCUCAGGUGUUAAUCCAUGACGUGACACCACACCUACAGUCUCUCUCAAGCCCAGGCAAUAUUGUUCAGCCUGCUGCUUCUAAACCGCUUUCCACGCUGCGAAUGCACAAGACCGAAGGAUAUGCCAUCGACUGGUCUCCUGCUUCGCACCAUCCACUUGGUCGCCUGUUAACUGGUGAUGGUAACGGUGCUAUAUUUAGCACUCAACGUACGGAAGGAGGUGGAUGGGUGACGGACAAUAGAGCAUUUGUCGGUCAUGGAGGUUCGAUAGAAGAGAUUCAAUGGUCGCCGAGCGAAAAGAAUGUGUUUGCAUCGGCAUCUAGUGAUGGAAGUGUGAAGGUAUGGGACGUUCGUUCGAAAUCUCGAAAAUCAGCCGUCGACGUCAAGAUUAGUGACACGGAUGUUAAUGUGAUGUCCUGGUCAAGAUCUGAAACGUAUCUUCUGGCAACAGGAGCAGAUGAUGGCGAAUGGGCAGUAUGGGACCUGCGACAAUGGAAGCCUCAACAAGGUCAGGCAAGUGGUGAUCAACUUCGUCCCAGCCCAAUUGCAGAUUUCAGGUUCCACAAAAAGCCCAUCACAUCAAUUGAAUGGCACCCAACAGACAACUCUGUGGUAGCGUUGGCCUGUGCUGACAACACUGCCACACUGUGGGAUCUGUCUGUUGAACUUGAUGAUGAGGAGUACAGUAAAGAGUCCGGUUUGGGACUUGGGGAAGGUGACGAAAAAGUGCCUCCGCAGUUGCUUUUCAUCCAUCACGUGGAGGACGGUAAAGAGAUCCACUGGCAUCCGCAAAUGCCUGGGUCAUUGAUGGUGACGGGUGGCAAUGGCUUUGGUGUCUUUAAAACCAUCAGCGUUUGA